AAGCUGCCAAAAAUGUGUUUUUGUUUAUUAUAAUACUGUUUUCCCCUUAUUCCUAGAAUUCUUUGACACUGAACCAACAACUUGAUAUCAUACAGUGUGAAGAGAGACAAAGUCAAAGAUACAGAGAUGAAUGGUAACUCAUCUCGUGACGUGGGUUGUACCGGCAGGCUCCCCAAUCUGCCCCCCCUACACUCAUCCCAAGAGCCCUCUGACCUGUAUCAGUUAUUUCUACGUAACAGUGAAUACCCGCCCAUCCUUCAGAGCGAAUCACGGACUCUUGCAGUCCCCUAUAAGGAGCUGCAGUUCUACAGAAAUCGCUGCGAUUCCAUUGCAAACAACUUUAGACUUAAAGCCCAACACCUGAAUAUCCAACAUCUGAGCCACAGGCGUCUCGCAUCUCAUCCACGUAUCCUUAAACUAAUACCACUCAAAAUUUCUAGAAUUCCCCCAUUAUCACCUGACCAGCAACUUGAAAUGAUGCAACUUCAGGAGAGAGAGAGGGUAGAGGCUGAGCCAACAGAAAGAGAUUUAGAGAGGUAUGCAUAUUAUAUCAAUGAAGGUAUUUUUGGCCACAUGUUGGCUCCCCAGCCACCGGAACAAAUCGGCAAUUUCCUGGAGCUGGUACCCAGCCGUUUCCACGGUGAUGAGGAGAAGAUGCAGAUGAUGCAGGAGCAUCUUCUGGAGGAAGUCCAGAGCGAUUAUGAGUUCAGCCUCCGCAAGAGCAUUGUGGAUUAUAUCCUGCUAGAUUCAAAAGAGAGGGAGCGUCUGUCAAUCUCUGCUGUACCCCAGCCAUUCCCGUCCCGGGUAAUCCAUGCACCAGUUCCCUGGACAGAGAGCUACCACGAGGCUCACAGCUGGCUAUCACAAAACCUCUGUACUGUGAACCCAAUGCUGCUUCACAUACACAACCUCUGGAUGAGCAGUUUCUCGUCUUUGCGGUUUGUGUGCUUAGACGAUCUGCUUUCGGCUGACCUUCCACUCUUGCCAGCUGAAUUUGAAGAGCUGAUGCACAAACAGUGCCAAAUCACACGAGAUGAACUGCUUCACAAUUGGCUGCCAUGCUGUGCGUCUCUUUUUGCGACCUUUAAAGACACAUGGUAUCCACUGGUGCCGAAGAAAGUCACCUCUCCCCCAAUACAGGUGGAGAGACUCUUCUUUUGUGUGGCUGCACUGAUGUCACUGCAGCUGCGCAGUCUGGUGAUCGCAUCUCUGCAGGAUCUGCUGCAGUUUUUCCAGCUGCAUCAGGAUGGUAAUGAUUUUGGUGAGUGUUUUGACGAGCUGCAGUACACACAGCGUUCAGUGUUACUGGUGAAGUUGAGACUAGAGGAGUCCAGAAUCAUGUUUGAACCCUCACUACAGAGUUGCAAUGAACUCAUACAACAAGCAUUCAUGGAAAUCAUCAACAGCGCACACAACAUACCACGGGUGGAGUGUAAGCUUUUCCCAUCGAUUGGUGAAACUCUAAUGCUACGCUCAGUGAGCGCUGAAGAGACGCUGGUGAUAGACAUGAUGGACAGAACCAGAGAGAUCUUUCACAGGAACACCGUUGGGCCCCUGAGGUAUUUGGAUGUAUAUAAGACGUACAGUGAUGUCCUGGACAAACAAGACAUAUUAAACUUCCUCAAAGAUAAACACUCACUGCAGGGAUUUACAAAGAAAAUCAUGGUUGUGCAGGAUGUGAGGAAUGAGAUGGCAUCUCUGCACGCGACAGUAGCGCUGUCACUCUUCUGUCUGGAUGCAUCGAACCUCAACCAAGAUCUGUGUGACAAAGCAGAACAUCUCAUAGAUCUUCUCACCACAUUCGUACUGGAGGAGAGCCGAGAACUCAACAAGAGCAUCUGCCGUCGCUAUGAUGAAAUUACGGACAAAAUCCUGAGCAAGCCAAGUAACACAGAGGAUAUGGUGGCUUUAAAUCAUUACGUGAAACACACAAGCGAAGUCACCAUAUACAAACUACGCAAUGAGAUUGAGGAAGCUGUCCAGCGACUCAACUUCCUGCUUGACUAUGCCACUCUACCAGCUGAGGAUAUGAAGUUGGUCAGCAUUGUGAUUAACUGGCCGGAGCAGAUUCUAUCUUCCAUUGAACUCAGUAAAGUAAAACUGAAUGAUCAGAAAGAUUAUGCUGAAAUUCAUCUGAUUAAGAGAAUACAGAAGUUUGAGGAGUCAUUAACGAAUUUGGAUAAGGAGGUGGAAGUCUUUAAGAUGAAAGAGAAGGUAACUUUGGAGGAGAUGAAGAACAAUGUGAUGCUACUCAAUAAGAUCAGCACUAGCCUGGAGGCCGCCUUCAAAGAACUGGAGGGCAUUAAUAAAGAAGAGAGUUUGCUGGAGAGGGAACAGACUCCGUUUCCUAUUUUACAGAUACUAAUGGCUAAAAAACAGCCGUACGAUCAGCUAUGGACCACCGCUCUUGACUUUCACACCAAAUCUGACCAAUGGAUGAAUGGUCCAUUCCGUGAUGUGAAGGCGGAGACUGUAUCAGAGGAGUUGGGAAACAUGUGGCGUACCAUGUACAAACUAGCAAAGAUGUUCCCAGAGCGCUCGGGGCCUGGACGCGUCACAGAGAACUUCAAGAAAAAAAUUGACAAGUUCAAAGAGCACCUGCCUAUUCUCACAACUAUCUGUAAUCCGGGUCUUAAGGACAGACACUGGGAGAUGAUCAGUGCUACCGUGGGGCUUGACGUUAAACCGGAAGUGGACAGCUCACUGAUCAAGAUGGUGGAGCUCGGAAUGGCCAAGUUCUCUGAGAGGCUGGAGGAAAUUGGUGCUGCAGCCAGUAAGGAAUACUCUUUAGAAAAGUCACUGGAGAAAAUGAAACAGGAGUGGGCAGAGCUCCGCUUUGGGUUUUCCCAGUACAGGGAGACGGGUACAUGUGUUUUAUCUGCUGUAGAUGAUAUUCAGGUACUGUUAGAUGAUCACAUCAUUAAGACUCAGACAAUGAGAGGGUCUCCGUUCAUCAAACCUAUCGAAAGCGACACAAAGCUCUGGGAGGAGAAGGUGCAGCAGAUGCAGGAUAUUUUAGAUGCAAUGUUACAGUGUCAGUCCAUGUGGAUGUAUCUAGAGCCCAUCUUCAGCUCAGAGGACAUCAUCGCUCAGAUGCCUGAGAAUGGACGCAAGUUUGCCAUCGUUGACAGUUGCUGGAAGAAUCUCAUUUCAGAAGCGUUAAAGGACACACUUGUGCUGGUGGUGACAGAACAGCCCAACAUGCUGGGUCGUCUUCAAGAGUCGAACACCUUCCUGGAGGAAAUACAGCAGGGUCUGAACUCAUACCUGGAGACAAAGAGACUCUUCUUCCCUAGGUUUUUCUUCCUGUCUAACGAUGAGAUGUUGGAGAUCUUGUCUGAGACGAAGGAUCCUCUGCGUGUUCAGCCUCAUCUGAAGAAGUGUUUUGAGGGAAUCGCUAAGCUGGAAUUCACCCCUGAUCUAGAGAUCACGGGAAUGAUCAGCUCAGAGAAAGAGACUGUCCCCUUAAAAGAGACCAUCUACCCAGCUAAAGCCAAGGGAAUGGUUGAGAAAUGGCUUCUGCAGGUUGAAGACACAAUGCUGAUGAGCAUCAGAGACGUCAUACGGCAAGGAAUGGAGCAGUACCCAGAGGUGCCCAGGAAGAAGUGGGUUCUGCAGUGGCCAGGCCAGGUUGUGAUCUGUGCAUCCUGUAUCUUCUGGACCAGCGAAGUUUCUCACGCUAUACAGACCAACACACUUCCUGCUUAUGUUGAGCAGAGUAACGCUCAGAUAGCUGAUAUAGUUGAGCUGGUAAGAGGGAAGUUGCCCGGUGGAGCCAGAAUGACAUUGGGAGCUCUUGUUGUCAUUGAUGUACAUGCACGUGAUGUGGUGAGUAAACUGGCUCAGGACGGCGUCUCAUCUUUAAAUGAUUUCCAGUGGAUAUCUCAGCUCCGCUAUUUCUGGGAGGGUGGAGAAGUCAUGCUGAGGAUGAUCACCACAACAAUCCAGUAUGGAUACGAGUAUCUAGGCAACUCACCACGUCUCGUCAUAACACCACUUACAGACCGCUGCUACAGGACUCUGAUGGGUGCUCUGAAGCUGAAUCUGGGCGGAGCUCCAGAGGGACCUGCAGGAACUGGAAAAACAGAGACUACUAAAGAUUUGGCAAAAGCGCUUGCCAAACAAUGUGUGGUGUUCAACUGCUCUGAUGGCCUGGACUACAAAGCGAUGAGUAAAUUUUUCAAGGGUCUUGCACAGUCUGGAGCGUGGGCAUGUUUCGACGAAUUUAACCGGAUCGAGGUGGAGGUGCUGUCUGUGGUCGCUCAGCAGAUUUUGAGCAUUCAGCAGGCGGUAAUGCGGAACAUGAAGACGUUUAUGUUUGAGGGAACGGAGUUGUCUCUAAACCCAACCUGCUGUGUGUUUAUUACCAUGAACCCAGGAUACGCUGGUAGAGCAGAACUUCCAGAUAACCUUAAAGCUUUGUUCCGUACAGUUGCUAUGAUGGUUCCAGAUUAUGGAUUGAUUGGAGAGAUAUCACUUUAUUCAAUGGGAUUUACAGCAUCCCGGAGCCUGGCGCAGAAAAUCGUGGCAACGUAUCGCCUGUGCUCGGAGCAGCUCUCGUCUCAAGCGCACUACGAUUACGGGAUGCGUGCGGUGAAAUCGGUCCUGACCGCAGCUGGAAAUCUGAAACUCAAAUACCCAGUUGAGGAUGAGAGUGUUCUGCUGCUCAGGGCACUCAUGGAUGUCAACAUGGCCAAGUUUCUCGCACAGGACUUACCUCUGUUUCAGGGCAUCAUCACAGAUCUGUUUCCUGGAGUGGUGCUUCCCAAACCAGAUUAUGAGUUACUUUUAAAAGCUUUUCAUGACAACAUUGCCAAGAUGAAACUGCAGCCUGUCCCAUGGUUCAUCAGCAAAAUUAUACAAGUGUAUGAAAUGAUGCUGGUCAGGCACGGCUUCAUGAUUGUUGGAGAACCAAUGGGAGGAAAAACUUCAGCCUAUAAAGUUUUGGCUGGAUCUUUGGGAGACCUUUAUAAGGAAGGGCUGAUGGAGGAGUUUGCAGUAGAUUUCCGCAUUAUUAAUCCGAAGGCAAUCACUAUGGGUCAACUCUACGGUUGUUUUGAUCCGGUGAGUCACGAAUGGUCAGAUGGCGUUUUGGCCACCUCAUUCAGACAACAGGCCCAGUCCACCUCAGACAACCGCCAGUGGAUCAUUUUUGACGGGCCCAUAGAUGCCGUCUGGAUUGAGAACAUGAACACGGUUUUGGAUGACAACAAGAAGCUCUGUCUGAUGAGUGGAGAGAUCAUUCAGAUGAGUCCUAAAAUGAGUCUGAUCUUUGAGCCUGCCGAUCUCGAGCAGGCAUCACCUGCUACUGUGAGCAGGUGUGGUAUGAUCUAUAUGGAGCCACAUCAGUUGGGCUGGAUGCCUCUCAGAGACUCUUAUAUUAACACAUUACCUGAGAGUCUGGCAGAUGAACACAGAACACUGAUUACUGAUCUCUUUAACUGGCUGGUUGAACCGUGUUUGGAGUUCAUUUACCACGAGUGCAGUUUCUUAGUUCAAACAUCACCUAUUCACCUGGCCAAUAGUCUGAUGCACCUGUAUACCUGCCUACUGGAUGAGAUUUUUCAGUCAGUGCAGGAAGGAGCUGAAUCCAUGACGAGCCAGCAGGUGACGCUGUGGCUGCAGGGUCUGUUCCUGUUCGCAGUGGUGUGGAGUUUGGGCGGAACCGUCAGUGGCAACAGCAGGAAGAAGUUUGACGUGUUCUACCGAAGCCUUAUCAUGGGCACAAUCAACGAUCACCCUCGACCCCAGAGUGUUAAACUCACCAAGAACAACGUCUUCCCUGAGAGAAGUACUGUGUAUGAUUAUUAUUUCCAUAAGCAGGGCACAGGCCAAUGGAACAACUGGACAGAAUACAUCAGUAUAGAGGACAGAGUCAUACCUGCUGGUGCAAAAAUUUCUGAUCUCAUCAUACCCACGGCAGAAACGUCACGGCAGCUGUUUUUCCUCAAGACGUAUCUGUCCCACGAGGUGCCCAUGCUGAUUGUGGGACCCACAGGAACGGGCAAGUCUGUGAUCAACAACAACUUCCUGCUAUCACUGCCCAAGGAGCGCUACACUCCUAUCUGCAUCAACUUCUCAGCCCGAACCUCUGCCAAUCAAAUCCAGGACAUCAUCAUGUCCAAACUAGACCGGCGCCGUAAGGGUGUGUUUGGGCCACCAGUGGGGAAGAAAUGCAUUAUCUAUGUUGAUGACCUGAACAUGCCUGCAAAGGAGAUAUAUGGUGCUCAGCCGCCUAUUGAACUUCUGCGGCAGUGGAUCGAUCAUAGUCAUUGGUACGAUAAAAAAGACACCUCCAGAUUGGACAUUGAGGAUGUGCUGUUCAUGUCUGCUAUGGGGCCCCCUGGUGGAGGCAGAAACGACAUAACAGGACGAUUAACACGGCAUCUAAAUGUCAUAUCAAUUGACUCAUUUGAUGAUGAGACUCUCAGUAACAUCUUCACAUCCAUCACAGACUGGCACUUCAGCAAUGGCUUUGAUGCCACUUUUUACAGGUUGGGUAAAAUAAUGGUUCAAGCAACUAUGGCGGUGUAUAAGGAUGCGAUUGAGAGUUUUCUCCCCACUCCAUCUAAAUCUCACUAUAUCUUCAACCUGCGAGAUUUUGCAAGGGUGAUAAGAGGUGUAAUGCUCUGUCCAUCAGCGCACAUGCAGGAUGGUGAUAAGCUAAUCCGCUUAUGGAUCCAUGAGGUUUAUCGUGUGUUUUAUGAUCGACUGAUUGAUAAUAGUGACAGAGAGAAGUUUUUUAACAUUGUUAAAGAGAGGACAUUAGCGUAUUUCAAACAAAGCAUGGACAAGCUCCUAGGUCAUCUCACUCUGUCUGGUAAAGUUGAAGACGACAGCAUUCGCAGUCUGUUUUUUGGCGACUACGGCAAACCAGACUCGGCCAGUAAACCUUACGAUGAGAUCAUUGAUUUGCGCACAGUAACGCAGGUGAUGGAGUUCUACCUCGGUGAGUUUAAUAACAUCAGCAAAGCACCCAUGAACCUCGUCAUGUUCCAGUUCGCCAUCGAGCACAUCUCGCGAAUCUGUCGCGUGCUAAAACAAGACAAUGGUCACGUUCUGCUAGUCGGCAUUGGCGGUUCUGGACGACAGAGUGCCACUAAACUCGCCACUUUUAUUAACGACUAUGAGCUAUUUCAGAUCGAACUGACCAAGAACUAUAGCAUGUCAGACUGGCGUGACAAUCUAAAGCACCUGAUGCUCAAAGCAGGGAUAGAGGGCAGAAAAACAACAUUCCUCUUUAGCGACAACCAAAUAAAGGACGAAGCCUUCGUUGAGGACAUCAACAUGCUGCUGAACACAGGAGACGUGCCAAACAUCUUCCCAGCAGACGAACGUGCUGAUAUCAUCGAUAAGAUCCAGGGAAUUGCACAAAUUGAAGGGAGGAAAAUGGACAUAACGCCUCUCUCCAUGUACAACUUUUUUAUCGACAGAGUCAAAGCCAACCUUCAUAUUGUUCUGGCAAUGAGCCCAAUUGGUGAAGGCUUCCGCAAUCGUUUGAGGAUGUUCCCGUCGCUGAUAAACUGCUGCACCAUCGACUGGUUUCAAACCUGGCCCAAAGACGCCCUGGAGAUGGUCGCCAACAAGUUCCUUGAGGAUGUGGACUUGGAAGAUAACAUCAGGACAGAGGUGGUUGAAAUGUGUAAAACGUUCCAGGAGAGUGUGAGAGAGCUGUCUGAACGGUAUUACGCGCAGUUGCGCAGACAUUAUUACGUCACUCCUACCUCUUAUCUGGAGCUCAUCCUGACCUUUAAAGCGCUGCUCAACUCUAAACGUAAUGAAGUGAAUGACCUCAGGAAUCGCUACAUAGUUGGCUUGCAGAAACUAGACUUUGCUGCAUCUCAGGUAGCCGUGAUGCAGCAGGAGUUGACAGCGUUACAGCCGGAACUGAUCGAGACCGCUAAAGAGACCGAUAAGAUGAUGGUAAAGAUCGAAAAAGAGACGCUGGACGUUGAUGCAAAGAAAGAGCUUGUCAGUGCUGAUGAGAAAGUGGCCAAUGAAGCAGCAGCUGCUGCUAAAGCUAUCAAGGAUGAGUGUGAGGGGGAUCUUGCAGAAGCGAUGCCAGCACUGGAAGCGGCUCUUGCAGCUCUGGACAUAUUGAAACCAGCUGAUAUCACUGUCCUAAAGAGCAUGCAGAACCCUCCUGGUCCUGUCAAACUUGUCAUGGAGUCCAUCUGUAUUAUGAAGGGCAUCAAGCCCGAGAGAAAACAAGACCCUGGUGGAUCAGGAAAGAUGAUAGAGGACUACUGGGGGCCGUCGAAGAAGGUUCUAGGUGACAUGAAAUUCCUUGAGAGUUUAAAGACGUUCAACAAGGACAAUAUACCUGCCGCUAACAUCAAGAAAAUCAGAGAAAAGUUUGUAGACCAUCCGGAUUUUCAGCCCUCAAUAAUCAAAAGCGUGUCUUCUGCUUGCGAGGGGCUCUGCAAAUGGGUGCGUGCCAUGGAAGUGUACGAGCGUGUGGCAAAGGUCGUUGCCCCUAAGAAAGAGCGGUUGCAGUCUGCAGAGGCGGAGUUAGCUGUUCAGAUGCAGAUGCUCGCCGUAAAACGCGCUGAGCUAAAAGAAGUGGAGGAUCGCUUGCAAUCUCUGAAUGACACAUUCGAGGGAAUGAUACAGAAGAAGAAGAGCCUCGAGGAGAACAUUGAGCUCUGUUCUCAGAAACUGAUACGAGCUGAAAAACUGAUCGGUGGACUCGGUGGAGAAAAGGACAGGUGGACGGAGGCUGCACGGCUACUCGGCAUCAGGUACAACAACCUGACAGGCGAUGUGCUCUUGUCGUCGGCCAUCGUGUCGUACCUUGGCGCAUUCACGGUCGACUACCGUGUGGAGUGCCAGCGAGAGUGGCACAAGCUUUGCAAUGUGAAGAAAGUGCCAUGUUCUAAGGACUUCACUCUUGGCAGCACUCUUGGAAAUCAGGUGCUGAUUCGGUCAUGGCAGAUUGCUGGAUUGCCUGUCGACUCUUUCUCCACUGAUAACGGAAUUAUUGUCUCAAACUCUCGCCGUUGGCCAUUGAUGAUCGACCCACAGGGCCAAGCCAACAAGUGGAUCAAAAACAUGAACAAAUCCAACAAACUCUCGGUCAUUAAACUUUCAGAAAGCAACUACGUCCGCACACUUGAGAAUGCCAUCCAGUUUGGCUUGCCAGUUCUCCUCGAAAAUGUUGGUGAGGAGCUGGAUGCAGUUUUAGAGCCAGUUCUCCUGAAACAGACCUUCAAGCAACAGGGUGUAGAAUACAUGAGGCUGGGCGAGAACACUGUGGAAUAUUCAAAGGACUUUCGGUUCUACAUAACAACAGGUUUGCGGAACCCACACUACCUGCCAGAGGUGGCUGUGAAAGUUUGUCUUUUGAACUUCAUGAUCACACCAUUGGGACUUGAAGAUCAGCUGUUAGGGAUUGUUGCCUCCAAGGAGAAGCCAGAGCUCGAGGAGAAGAAGAAUCAGUUGAUUCUUGAGAGUGCUGCCAACAACAAGCGGUUGAAGGAGAUUGAGGAUAAAAUCCUGCACGUCCUCUCUUCUUCAGAGGGGAACAUUCUAGAGGACGAAACAGCCAUCCAAGUUCUCUCAUCUUCUAAGGUCUUGUCAGAAGAGAUUUCAGAGAAGCAGAAAAUCGCAAGUAUGACCGAAAAUCAGAUUGACGAAACGCGUAUGGGCUACCGUCCGGUUGCAGAACACUCUUCUAUACUGUUCUUUUGCAUCUCAGAACUUGCAAACAUCGAUCCAAUGUACCAAUACUCACUCAUGUGGUUCAUCAACCUGUACCUACAGUCCAUCGCUCAGAGCGCCCCUAGUGAUGACCUACAGAUCCGCAUAGCCAACAUCCUGGAAAACUUCACCAUGCGCGUCUACCGUAACGUGUGUCGCUCUCUGUUUGAAAAAGACAAGCUUCUGUUCUCCCUGCUUCUGACCGUUGGGAUCAUGCAGGGCAAAGGCCAAGUCGAUGACGUUGUCUGGCGCUUUCUUCUCACAGGAGGCGUUGCUCUUGAAAACCCAUAUCCCAACCCAGCCCCGGAGUGGCUUUCAGACAAAUCCUGGUCAGAGGUAGUGCGAGCUUCCGAACUACCGCAUCUAGAAGGAUUGUUUGAACAUGUGCUGGAGAACAUUACAUUGUGGAAGCAUAUUUAUGAUGCAAGUCAUCCACAAGAGGAGCAGUUAUCAGGGAAGUGGCAAACACUUGUGGGUAUGGACCGCAUGGUGGUGCUGCGCUGUUUCAGACCAGAUAAACUUGUUUUAGCGGUGCAGCAGUUUAUCGUAGACAACAUGGGCCGCUCAUACAUUGAGCCACCAACGUUUGACCUGGCGGAGAGCUACAAUGACUCAAACUGCUGUUCACCACUCAUCUUCGUGCUCUCUCCAGGAACAGACCCUACUGCAGGACUGCUGAAGUUUGCCGAUGACCUAGGAAUGGGCGGCAGUAAAACCCAGACGAUCUCUCUAGGUCAGGGUCAAGGUCCAGUGGCUGAAAAGCUGAUUGAAGCAGCACUGACAGAUGGCACCUGGGUUGUGCUGCAGAACUGCCACCUCGCAACCAGCUGGAUGCCAGCUUUGGAGAAGAUUUGUGAGGAGGUCAUCACACCUGAGCACACACACACCAGCUUUAGACUGUGGUUGACCAGUCAACCAUCUGAUAAGUUUCCAGUAAGUAUCUUACAGAAUGGGGUGAAAAUGACGAACGAGCCUCCAAAAGGACUGCGUGCAAACUUGCUGCGUUCUUACCUGAGCGACCCCAUCUCAGACCCCGGCUUCUUCAACAGCUCUGCUAAACAGGACAUCUGGCAGAAGCUGCUUUUCGGCCUGUGUUUCUUCCACGCUCUUGUACAGGAGAGGAGAACGUUCGGUCCUCUGGGUUGGAAUAUUCCAUAUGAGUUUAAUGAGUCUGAUUUGCGAAUCAGCAUGCGUCAGAUUCAGAUGUUCCUGGACGAAUAUGAGGAGGUUCCGCUGGAGGCCCUGAAGUACCUGACGGGCGAGUGUAAUUAUGGUGGAAGGGUGACUGAUGAUAAGGACCGGAGGCUGCUGAUAUCUCUCCUCUCCAUCUUCUACAGCUGGGAGCUCAUUCAACAGGACAACUACCAUGUGUGUGAGGGAGAUUUGUACUAUGUACCAUCACAUGGUCCAUACCAGACCUAUGUGGAAUACAUCCGCAACCUACCAAUCAGUGCUGAGCCUGAAGUAUUCGGCCUCCAUAGCAAUGCUAAUAUCACCAAGGACAACCAGGAGACCAAUCAACUUUUAGAUGGAGUGCUGCUGACCCUACCAAGACAAACAAAAGGCGGAGCCAAAUCACCACAGGAAGUAGUAGACGAGCUGGCUGAGGGAAUGUUGGCAAAACUGCCCCCCCAAUUUGACAAUGAAAAGGUGUCAAAUAAGUAUCCAAUCCUUUAUGACGAAUCUAUGAACACCGUCUUACGCCAGGAACUCAUUCGCUUCAACAGGCUGUCACUAGUGGUGCGCAGAAGCCUUUUGAACACCCAGAAAGCACUUAGAGGGCAGGUUGUGAUGUCAGCAGAGCUGGAGGAUGUGUUCAACAGUCUGCUCGUGGGGAAAGUUCCAGCCAUGUGGGCUGCGAAGUCCUACCCCUCCCUUAAACCACUCGGGAGCUACAUGUCCGACUUUCUCGGCAGGCUGCAGUUUCUACAGGACUGGAUUGAUAACGGCCCUCCGCCAGUGUUCUGGAUAUCUGCGUUUUAUUUCACGCAGUCCUUCCUCACUGGUGUCUCUCAGAACUUUGCUCGCAAGUACACUAUCCCCAUCGACUACAUCGGCUUUGAGUUUGAGGUGUGUAAGCAGGAAACUCAUAUGGAUGAGAAGCCGGAGGAUGGAGCUUACAUCCGAGGGUUUUUCCUCGAGGGAGCACGCUGGGACCGAGAGCACAUGGUUAUCAGUGAGUCUACUCCUAAAGUUCUGUUCGACCAGCUGCCCAUCAUCUGGCUCAAACCAGGAGAGAGCGCCACAUUUCUGCAUGAGAACAUUUAUGUUUGCCCCGUAUACAAAACCAGCGCCAGACGUGGAACUCUGUCCACCACUGGCCAUUCCACAAACUUCGUGAUGUCCAUCGAGUUGCCAUCGGACAAGCCACAGAAACAUUGGAUAAAUCGCGGCGUCGCCUGCCUGUGCCAACUAGAUAACUAGAUUUCAGAAUGCAUUUAUGUGUUUACUUUUUAACAUGUCAUUAACAUGCCAAGCACAUCAACAACUAAAACAAGCACAAAAGUACAGCAAUGAUUAGCAUAUUGUUGACUUACCAUUCAAUAGCAUAAUAAAACAAAA